GAUUUUUGUUUAUUUUAGGGCGGAAAGAUGACUGGAGACAUGAGUGUUUAGAACGUUGUUUUCAAGGCACCGUUGGAUGCAAUCUGAGUUUUUGCCACUCGAAAUUAUAUGUGACGUCACACCGAAAAGUGCCGUAGCUCAUUGUUGAUAGUGUGGGCGACCGCGAGCCCGCGCACCUGUCAUGUGUCGCGCACCAAAGAACCAAACAUACUUUUAAGGAGGCGCGUUCACGCCGUCUUUCAUCACGCGUUCAACUUUGUGCCCGGCAAGGUUCGUGUCAGCCGGUUCAGAACCGAGUGCGAAGCCGCCACCUCGGGAUUCCUCGGCCGCUUCCGCAUUCUCGCGGCGGCCCGCGUCCAUGCGCCCAACAGGGAAAAAAACCGGUCGGUCCGGCUUAUCUGGAGCCCGCCGUUGCUGGCCCGGAACAAUGCUUCAUCCCCGCCGCGCAGGAGAGCAGCACCGCGGGGCGAUUACUUCUGGGCUGCGGUGGCUCGCAUUCAGCGGUUGAAGGACGGUCGUAAGAUCCGGAGGUCAUGGAGGGCUGCUGCCGCUCCUGCAUGCCGUGUUUGAAGCGCCUCUGGGACCGCAUCUGGCCAGACUUCCGCUACCCCAGCGUGCCGAACCAUGUGAUCGCCAACCGGGCCGCGCAAACCGCCGAGAUCCGGACGGUGUCGGGCGACAUUCGCGUGCCGUCGCCCAAGAAGAGGCCGGUCCAACUGUACGCGGCGCUCUUCGACUUCGAGGCCCGCAGCGACGACGAGCUCACGGUGCGGGAGGGCGACAAGCUUUCGGUGCUGGAGCAGCGAGGCAACUACGUGCUGGCCAAGAAACUGACCGGGUCACUGGACUCCGGACUUAUUCCUGCGAGCUAUGUGGCGGUUCUGCAGGACGAGUUUGCCAAACACAAGUGGUACUACGGCAACAUCAACCGCACCAAAGCCGAGAAGCUGCUGCUGGCCCCCCAAAACAAAGAUGGCUGCUUCCUGGUACGCAUCAGUGAAAGUCACAGUGAUGAGUACACCAUCUCAGCUCGGAGCGAUGGGAAGGUGUUCCACUUCCGUGUGCAGCGCUCCUCCAUCGGCGCCUAUUUUGUGUCCGACAAGAUCUCUUUCGGGACGCUGGGCGAGCUGGUCUCGUACUAUCAGAAGAACCCUCGCAGUUUGGGCGUGCUGCUGGCGGAACCUUGUGCUCAGCAGCGGGAGAUUUACGACAUGGAACCUUGGGAGAGGCCUCGCGAGGAGUUCAAGCUGCAUCGCAAGUUGGGCGAAGGGCACUUUGGAGAAGUGUGGGAGGCUCUGUGGACCACUGAGAACAAGCGAGUGGCUAUUAAGAUGCUCAAACAAGAGGACACCAAACAGGAUGAGUUUGUGAAGGAGGUGCAGGCACUGAAGAGCCUCCACCAUCCCAAGCUGAUCCAGCUGCUGGCCAUGUGCUCCCGAGGAGAACCAGUCUACAUUGUCACUGAGCUGAUGAGCAAAGGAAGCCUCAAGUCCUACCUGGCCUCUGCAGAAGGCCAGGUGCUGACAUCAGCUCACCUCAUCUUCAUGGGCAGUCAGGUGGCUGAGGGCAUGGCCUACCUGGAAGACCGGAACAUCGUUCACAGAGACUUGGCGGCUAGAAACAUCCUGGUGGGAGAGGACCUGGUCUGCAAGGUGGCAGACUUUGGGCUGGCUCGUAUUAUCAAGGACAGUGUGUACACAGCUAGCCGGACCACCAAGAUCCCUGUGCGGUGGACGGCACCGGAGGCAGCCAUUCACCAGAAGUUCUCCGUCAAGUCGGACGUGUGGUCCUUUGGCAUUCUGCUCUACGAGAUGAUGUCGCGCGGGAAAAUGCCCUACGAAGGCAAAAACAACAAGCAGGUGUUGGACCUGCUGUCAUCUGGUGGUCGCCUGGCGUGUCCGAGCAGAUGUCCUCACAACAUCUACCGCAUCAUGAUGGACUGUUGGGCGGGCGACCCUUCCAAGAGGCCUUCCUUCCAUGCUUUGCACAGCCAGCUGGACUCCAUUUAUGCUCGUAUCUACUUCAAGACCAUCGAGGUGUGACCACGGGGCGGAGAAAAGGAGGACAAUAUCGCCGCCAUGGACGCUGACGAAAACGGUCUGGCGUGAAGGAAGCCAGAUGGAAUUCUUCACCUAGCCACGACUGUUUCCUCAAUGACGACUGCAGGCCACAGGCGCUAUGUGCAAUAAUGAUGUGCUGGCUGGUGUUUAGCCAUAUUAACUGCCUGACAUAAGCUAAUCUUUUUGUCCAAACGUAACCUCCAGUCUUUUUCUUAAAAGGAAGACGGUAUGUUGGUGAUUCCUCAGUGGAGAUGGAAUUUCCUUUUGGUCAUUAGCUUUAGCAUUAUCAUUUGUUAAGAACAAAUGCGAGCCCCUGAAAGUGUUCAGGCUUGCAAUCAUUGCUAAAUCACUUUGCACUGACUGUCGGUGGGCAAAGUAUGACUGUUUUUUUUUUUUUUUUAAUUAAUCUGGCCCUCUGAGCAAUUGCAUUGUCAAGAGUCCGUUAAAAAAAAA